AUGUCAAUCAAAGAUGUCCCCACUGGGUGUCCCAACGGGCCGAAGCCCUCUUCUACUUCUGAUGACGAAACUCGCCUCCUCGGACCCACAAAGCCGGAAUUGAAGGACUUACCAAGCAACUUCGACGCUCGGCAGAAGUUUGCCUCUUGUGCUGGAGUCAUUGGGCAUGUGAGAGAUCAAAGUGCUUGUAACAACUGCUGGGCUGUAAGCCCAACCGGAAUGCUCAAUGAUCGUGUGUGCAUCAAGUCCGGCGGUAGCUUCAGAGAUAUCCUAUCUGUCGGUUACUUCACUUCAUGCUGCAAUCCUGCUAAUGGAUGUCCCAAGUGA